AUGGACGACCAAGUCAACCGCCUCGUCGACAAGAUCUGGAACAAACUCCAACUCACCCCCCCAAACACCCGUCUCCUCAUCGCCAUCAGCGGCAUCCCCGGCUCAGGCAAAACCGAACUCGCCCUGACGAUGUCCAACCGCAUCAACCAACACCACCUCCGUCUCCACCCCCAACUCCCCCAAAUCGCCACCCACGUCCCAAUGGACGGCUACCACCUCACCCGGCGACAACUCUCCGCCAUGCCGGACCCCAACUACGCACACUCCCGCCGCGGCGCGGCCUUCACCUUCGACGGAUACAAAUUCCUCACGCUGGUGCAAGCGCUCCGCGAACCCAUCACCAUGGACACGCAGAGCUUGUUCGCGCCAAGCUUCGAUCACGCGGUGAAAGAUCCGGUGGAUGAUGAUAUUGCGAUCCCGGCGUCGUGUCGGGUGGUGUUUUUUGAGGGGAAUUAUUUGAGUUUGGAUCAAGAGCCGUGGCGGGAUGCGGCGGCGUUGAUGGAUGAGUUGUGGUUUGUGGAGGUCGAGUUUGAGGUCGCGAGGAAGAGGUUGGUGAGGAGGCAUCUUCGGGCGGGGAUUGCGGGGGAUGAAGGGGAGGCGGAGAGGAGGGUCCAGGAGAAUGAUUUGGUCAAUGGGAGGGAGAUUGUGGAGGGGAGGUUGGGGGUUCAGGAGGUGGUGGUGAGUCGGUAUGAUCCUGCUUGGGAUGCGUGA